UCGCCGCCAUCAUCACCACCGUCAUCACCGCCAACAUCUCCUCCGUCAUCGUCUCCUCCGUCAUCAUCUCCUCCAUCAUCGUCGCCGUCAUCACCACCACCGGGAACCGGUACUGGGAUGUACACUGGUUUUUCCACUUCCACUACCUGUACGUCUGGAGCUGCGGCUGCGACGGAUAUCGCGUUGGUACCACCACAGUCACCUCCGCCACCAUUUCCACCACCAUCUCCACCACCAUUUCCACCACCACCACCACCGCAUCCUCCUUCUUCGCUGCUGUCCGAGCCGGAAUCAGAAUCAGAGUCGGAAUCAGAGUCGGAAUCGGAGUCUGAACUGUCGCACCCUCCGGAGCUACUGUCGCAGCUGUCACUUCCACUGUCGCUAUCGCUGUCACUAUCACUGCUGUCACAUCCUCCUCCUCCAUCACAUCCACCGCCAUCACAGUCGCCACCAUCACAGCCACCAUCACCACCACUGCCAUCACCAUCACCACCAUCACAGUCACCGCCAUCACAGCCACCAUCACCCCCAUCGCCAUCA